AUGGAUUAGAAUAAAUUUCAUGAAGCGAUUUAGAUUUAUUCUAAUAUUUUAGGAUUAGAUUAAAAUAAUAUUGCUGCAUUAUUUGGUUAUGGUAUAAAAUUAUGUAAUAGAAGGUGAUGCUCUAACAAAAUUGAAAGAGUUUUAAUAGGCUCUAGAACAAUAUCGCAAAAUAAAAAAACUUAAGAAAGAUUUAAUACUUGUCUUUUUAAAAAUAGGUAAAUAGGCUAAAAUAAUCAUUAGGAUUAACAUUAGGUUCUAUGGGGUAAAAUAAGAAAGCUAUAAAGUAUUUUGUCAAAGCUUAAAAUGAAAUUAUGGAAGACCAUAAAUUAGAAUGGACCUAAAGUAAAUUAGGUUAUAUUAUUAUGUUAUAGGUAAAUAAGUAGAAAUCAAUGAACUAUUAAGACAAACUAUUAAUUACUUUAAUAUUCAAAGUCUAAAUAAUGAAGAGUUAUUAGUAUAUGGUACAAUUAUAUAAAGCAUAAUUUUCAGCACAUAUUUUAAUUCAUACAAAACAUUUUGAUGAAGCUUAACAUAUUUUGAAUUAAUUAAAGAGUUCUAGUCCAAAUAAUGAUUUAUUAUUUUGUUUAGAAGCGGAUAUCUUAUUUGUCUCAACUAAAUUUGAUGAAGCUGAAUAAUUACUUAAAAAGGCAGUAAGAAUCAAUCCAAACAGAUGUUAUACAUGGGUUAAAUUAAGUAAUUUUAUUAAUAUCUUUUACAGCAACGAUUUUAAUAAUAUAAGGCAAAUACGAAGAAGCAUUAUCUCAAUUAGAUAAUGUAAUAUUAAAAGCCUUCCCUUAUAAUCUUGAUUCUCUAUUUUUUAGAAGUAAAAUUAACUUUAUUUAACAAGGUGAUAUUUUAAGUGUUCUAUAAUAAUUUUAAGAAGCAAUUGUAGGGUACGAUAAGUGCAUAUCUUGUAAUUAGCACUAUAGAGACGCUUAUAAAUCUAAGGGUAAUUGAUUGCAAUUAUAUUAAGCUGUCGCAUUAAGGCGUUUAAAGUAAUAUGAUGAAGCUUUGAAGAUUUAUGAUUUUCUCCUUUAGGAUGAUCUUAAAAAUUUUGAUAUGUUAUACGAAAAAGGUAAAUAUGAAUAUUAUCUUUAGCUUGUACACUGAUGGAAAUGUAAGAAUAUGAUGCGGCUCAUAAAAUGCUUGAUUAAGUUUUGGUGUUGCAACCUAACAAUCUAGAUGCAUAAGUUAAAUAAGGUAAUAAUUAAAUUUAAAUUUUAAGGAGAUAUUCUAUUAAAAAUAGGUUUAUUUGAUGAUUCGCUAGAAAUCUAUGAAAAGGUUCUUUCAAUAAAACCAAACCACUUUUUUGCUCUUUGGGGGAAAAGUAAUUAUCAAUUAUAUUCUAAGGUGAGUCUUUAAGAGGUAUGUAGAAAUUUAAUGAGUCUUUAAUAUGGUAUGACACUCUAUUGAAAUAGAGACCAUUAUAUCCAUAUGCCUAUCAUUAUAAGGGUAUAAAAAUAUAUAACAUUAGGACUUGCUUUAUAAUAAUUAAAUAGACAUAAGGAGGCAAUUAAUAAUUUCAUAUAAGCUCUAUCAAUACAUCCGGAGCUUUAAUAAUCUAAGGAAGCUUUACAAAUUUCAUAAUAGAAGCUAGCAGAAAGAAAAUGA